UUUUUUCGUAUUUUCGUUUGGACAGAAAAAGGAAUUAUACUAUAGUACCCGGACCUGGUCGACAGAGAGCACAGGGAGUGCAAGUCUACAACAUUUCCACUACAAGCUUGGAGAACAAAUUGGGUUGCCAUGGAGACACCAGACUUUGUCAGAGACAAAUUAACUGAGUGGGGCUUCAGUGAGUUCAUACAGAGAUUUGAAGAUGAAAGCAUUGACAAGGAGACUUUUCUAAGUCUUGGAGAUUCAGACAGCAUCAGUGUUUUAAUUCCUAAAAUUGGACCAAGAGUGAAAUUCAAGAAGAGACUCAAAGAAUACUUACAGUGGAAUUCAAUGGAGACAUGUGAUUUUGUCCGGGAUAAAUUAACUGAAUGGGAUCUCAGUGAGUUGAUUCAGAGAUUUGAAGAUGAAGGCAUUGACAAGGAAACUUUCGUAAGUCUCGAGAAAUCGUGCAACUUGAACAAUCUGAUUCCUAAAAUUGGACCAAGAGUGAAAUUCCGAAAGAAGCUCAGAGAAUAUUUACAGGCCCUGCAAAGAAAGCAUGCGGAUUCUCCUGAAAUGAUGGACACUGAGGAGGAGACAAAUUCAAAUGACGAGCUGAGACUUGACCUGGACCCAACUAUGUUUCCAUGGGGCUUUGAGUCUACUUCAACAUCUGAUACCAGUCCAGACAUUGAGAUGAGUGAGGAGCCAAUGUCCAACAGGAACUCAGAUGUGAUCUCUUUCUUUGAUAGGUUUAGCACUCCCACUUUGGAUCGGGUUGCGGCUGAGGAGCUUGAACGUCCUAUCACAUUGAUUGAACUUGAGGCAGCAGUUAAAUCAUUACAAAGUGGUAAAAGUCCCGGUCCAGAUGGCUUCCCAGCCGAGUUUUAUAAAACAUUUUGGAAACAGCUGGCCCCGCACCUAUUAGAGAUGUUCACUGAGUCUUAUAAGUCAGGCACUCUUCCCCACACCCUAAACCAGGCUUGCAUUUCUCUGCUUUUAAAGAAAGGUAAAGGCCCACUUUCAUGCGGUUCUUAUCGUCCCAUUAGUCUGCUGAAUGCUGAUUUCAAAUUAUUGUCCAAGUUGCUUGCCAGACGCUUAGAAGUUGUCCUACCUUCAAUCAUAUCUUUGGAUCAAACUGGGUUUAUUCGCAACAGACAUUCCUUUUUUAAACUUUUAAUGUGGUUUAUAAUUCCCCUCCAACUGCUCUCCCAGAAGCUCUGAUAGCACUUGAUGCAGAGAAGGCGUUUGACAGGGUAGAGUGGGAUUAUCUUUUUUUAAUUUUGGGGAAAUUUGGUUUUGGGGAAAAAUUUGUUUCAUGGGUCAGGUUAUUAUAUGCUUCUCUUCAGGCAUUGGUCAGGACAAAUGGCACAAAUUCUGAAUAUUUUCAGUUACAUCGAUCUACAAGGCAGGGUUGCCCUUUAAGUCCGCUCUUAUUUGCCAUUGUGAUGGAACCUUUGUCAAUUGCUCUGCGGUCUCAUCCUGAUAUUUGUGGUAUAACCAGAAAUGGUGUAGAGCUGAAGGUGGCGCUGUAUGCUGAUGACCUUUUAUUAUUUUUGUCUAAUCUGUCACGUUCUAUUCCUGCAGUCCUCUUAGUUCUAGACAAAUUUAGUAGAUUCUCUGGACAUAAACUUAAUUUAGGCAAAAGCGAAAUGUUUACUGUUAAUGGAAAAGUAAAUGAAAAUUCACUUCAACUCCCAAACGUACCUUUUAAAGUUGUGAACUCUGGCUUUGUCUAUCUCGGAGUAUAUGUUGCCAAAACGUUGGUUAAUCUUUAUAGGGAAAAUUUUGUCUCUCUGCUCACAAAAAUUAAAAUAGAUUUCGAGCGAUGGUCGCAAUUAAGCCUUUCCAUAGCUGCCAGAAUCAAUGCAAUUAAAAGGAACAUUUUUCCACGCUUUUUAUAUUUAUUCCAAUGCAUUCCAAUCUUUCUUCCUCUUUCAUUCUUCUGUAAAGUAGAUAGUCUUAUUUUUGAUUUUCUUUGCAACAAGAAAACUCCUAGGAUGCGUCGACAAGUUUUACAGAAGCCCAAGGCUCUGGGUGGAAUUGUAUUGCCAAACUUCCUUUACAAUUAUUGGGCAACAAACAUUAGAAAUUUGAACUAUUGGGUUAAUUAUGGAGAUAUUGAGGUCCCUCCAUCAUGGUUGAUCUUGGAAGCAAAUUCUGUUUAUCCGGUGUCAUUGAAAGCCUUAUUGUACUCACCCUGUCUUUUUCCACUUCUGGUUAUACUAACAAUGUGAUAGUGGCCUCCAGUAUUAAAAUUUGGUCUCAAUUUAGACGUCAUUUUGGCCUGCAAACACUUUCUAUUGGUGCUCCGCUUGCAGCUAAUCCUAUUUUUCCCCCAUCAUUAUUGGACAGCACCUUCUCUAUAUGGGCUAGGCUGGGCAUAAAAACUUUUAGAGACCUGUAUGUUGACUCUAUUUUUGCCUCUUUUCAGCAAUUGAAAGAUACAUUUUUGCUUCCAAAAGGUCAUUUUUUUAGAUAUCUUCAGGUGUGAAAUUUUAUCCGUAGCUCAUUCCCAGAAUUCCCUGCUCUUCCUAAGUCUUCAGAUUUUGAAACAUUUCUGAAGCCUUUCUCUUCAUUAAAGGGGGAAAUCUCUUCUAUUUAUUUAAAUAUAUAUAACCUGUGUCAAGGCUCUUCUACUGUUCUUAAAACAGUUUGGGAGACAGAUCUUGGAGAGGUGAUUUCAAAUGAUGUUUGGGAGGAGAUUUUACGGAGAGUACAUAAGUCUUCGAUUUGUGCUGGACACAGCUUUAUGCAAUGUCGAAUUCUCCAUCGAGCUCACUACACUAAAGCGCGGCUUGCAAAAAUAUUUGAUACAGUGUCUCCCAUAUGUGAUCGAUGCCAACCAGCCACAGCUAAUUAUUCACACAUGUUUUGGAGCUGUUCUUCUCUGACUAGAUUUUGGUCUGAGAUCUUUAGUACUUUAUCCAAGGUAACUGGAAGGGAUGUGACUCCAAAUGCUUUAACUGCCCUAUUUGGUGUAUGGCCUUUCCCACUUACUCUUUCCCCAGCUAAAAAGGACCUGAUAACAUUCACUACUCUGCUGGCCAGGAGGUUGAUACUUUUAAAAUGGAAAUCCUCAGUCCCACCUACCUAUUCACACUGGGUUAAGGAGGUGCUUUAUUUUCUUAAAUUAGAGAAAAUUAGACUUUGACUGGUAAGGCUGUCUCAUUUGAGAAGUCCUGGAAUCCCUUUUUAUCUUAUGUCAAUAGCACAAGAUGUCUGAUGACUGUGAAUUGAGUACUGAAAUGAGCUGAGCCUUUGUUUGUUUGUUGUUUGUUUGUUUGUUUGUUUUCCCUUUAAUUGUAUUUACUUAUUUUUUGUUAUCUGUUUUUUUACUACAAUUUUUUUAAAUCAAAUAUGUAUAUGUAUAUAUAAUAAGUUAGGUAUUUGUUAUUUCUUGUUGAUUUUAUUGAUCUUUUUUUGUUUUGUUUAUUAAUUUACUUAUUUUUAUUAUUGUUAUUUAUUUUAUCAUUUUAUCUAUUCUUUUAUCACAACCCAUCUUUUUUUGUUUUUCCUUUGUUUGUUUAUCUUAACUUUUCAACUACAUUUGCCAAUUUCUUGGGGCUAGGUGCCUAUGGGAGAGGGGUGGGGGGUUGGUAUCUGUUCUGUAGUAUGUUGUAUUCACUUGCAAUUACUGGUGUAUGGAACAGUAUUGUUUGUAUGUUUUAUAAAAAUGUAAAAUCCAAUAAACAGAUUGUUAAAAAAAAAGAAAAAGAAAUGAACCUUUUUUUUUUUAACUUAUUGGAUGAAAAGCUUCAAGGCUUCAUGGAGCUUCAUCCGGCCAUCACUAGUUCGCAGCACCAGGACCAAAAACACAGAAGAAAAAUGCCCUUUUUUGGGGCAUGACACUUGUUUAUUUCGGCCUAAUCCUAACCCUCCCCCUGAACACAGCAGAGUAGCUGGAUUAUAAGAGGCUAAUGUUCAAAUUGAUUAACUUUAGUGUUUGUUAAUAUGUAACUACUACUACUACUGACUUGACUUCUGAUCUAUUUGGUUCACUAAUUAAACAAUUAAUAUAGUACAUAUUGAUUGUAUUUCUGCCUGAUACUAUAUGGCGUAUCUUGAUCUAAAUGGUGUUCUUGCUCAUUUUGUAAAUUUUAUGAAAAUCAAUGUUAACAGUAAUGUAUAAAUACUAAAAUGAUUUUGCUGUAUUGUGAUACAGUUAUUACUGAAAUAACUACCUGUAAAGCUUGUUUACUUUCUAAUUUUUAAAAAUACUCAGAUUACGAUAGAAAGAAAUGCAUCAGUAAAAUGCUGCACACUGUGAGUGCUCUUCUUGCUAUUGAAUGAUGUAAACUGUAACAUAAUAACUGUAACCAAGUACAACAUUAUAAUUAAAGUCUCACUGUUCGAAAUGUGGUUGUAAAAGUCCUUAUGUCUAACAGUGGUACACUUACCUUACUGUACAUUAUC